AUCACCCAAGUUUUGAGUUUAUUGUUUGGCUGCUAAAGCUUGUAAUCUUUCAGUUUUUCUAGCUAGUUUUUAUACCUUUCCUCUUUUUGAAAUCGAAACGUAAAAGUCUUUACACUUGUUUUUAAAGCUGCAUUCGGUCGCCGUCCUCCGGCGAGUUCAUUAGUGCUAUUUGUUGAUUGCGGAAAUCGUUUUAUUCGGUUUUUUGCUUCCCUUCCAGAAGUGUAAGUGCCAAGAACCCUUAAAAAGGUAUGCAAAUCAAGUGAAAUCCAAGUGAAAGCCCCCAUAAACAUAAAGCCCGACGUCUGGAAUAUGUCAUAAUAAUUUGUCAAGGUUCUGGUUCUGAGUCUUCCAUGAAGUGGCUUAUAUUUUUUGUGGCAUCCCUUGGACUGGGGCUGGCCUCCUCCAGCUAUGACCACUACCGCCUACCUACCGCUAUUCGGCCCCAGAAGUAUCACCUGAGCAUCCUCACUCAUUUAGAUGGUCCCAAGGCCCUUACGUUCUCCGGGACUGUGAAAAUCCUUCUUGAAAUCCUGGAAAACACGAAUAACAUAACGCUCCACUCCAAGGGCCUAACCAUUGAUGAGUCGCAGACAAUUCUCACCGAGCUCAACGGCGAGGAAAAGCAGGAUAUCUGUGUGUCCUCCACGGAGGUGAAUCCCACCCACGACUAUUAUAUACUGAAUACGUGUCAAGAAUUGGUGCUCGAGAAUUACUAUGAGCUGACUCUUUCGUUUUCCGCCGAAGUAAAUCGAAAGUUGGUCGGUUACUAUCGCAGUUCGUACCCCGAUCCCGAGGCUAAUGAGACGAGAUGGAUCACCAUGACGCAGUUUGAGCCAGCUUCAGCACGCUUGGCCUUUCCCUGCUUCGACGAACCCAGCUACAAGGCCUCCUUCCUGGUGACUUUGGGACACCACCAAAAAUACACAAGUCUCAGCAAUAUGCCGGUGAAGGAAUCGCAACCCCAUGAAUUGAUCCUAAACUACGUGUGGACCGAAUUCCAGGAAUCAGUGCCCAUGUCCACUUACCUGGUGGCCUAUUCCAUUAAUGAUUUCUACUACAAACCCUCAAUCCUACCCAAUGGAGUUCACUUCCGCACUUGGGCCCGACCCAAUGCCAUCGAUCAGUGUGAUUAUGCGGCAGAGUUUGGACCCAAGGUGCUCCAAUACUACGAAGAGUUAUUUGGGAUUAGGUUCCCGCUUCCGAAAAUCGACCAGAUCGCCAUGCCCGACUUCGAGAGCGGUGCCAUGGAGAACUGGGGACUGGUCACCUACCGGGAGACCAAUCUCCUGUACUCCAACAGUUCCUCCUCGCUGGAUGCCAAAGAACUCGUGGCCAGUGUGGUGGCCCAUGAGUUGGCCCAUCAGUGGUUCGGCAACUUGGUCACCAUGAAAUGGUGGACGGAUCUGUGGCUUAACGAGGGAUUCGCCACCUAUUUGGCCACCAUGAGCGUGCACCACAUCAACCCGGAGGGAGGCAUCAAGGAGAGACAAUCGGUGGGAGACAUAUGGGAGACUUUCCGUCAGGAUUCUUUGGAGACCAGUAACCCCAUCUCCAGGCCGAUUCAAAUGGCAUCGCAGAUCGUGCAGAGCUUUAAUGUGAUCUCCUACAAAAAGGGAUCCUCGGUGAUACGGAUGAUGCACUUGUUCCUGGGAGACGAGGCCUUCCGCGCCGGUCUGAAGACCUACCUUGAGAUGUUUGAGUAUUCGAAUGCAGAGCAGGACAACCUCUGGGAGACGCUCACCCAGGCGGCACACGAGAGUGGCGCUUUGCCUAGAAACUUCAGUGUCAAGACCAUCAUGGACACCUGGACUCUGCAAACGGGCUACCCCGUGGUCAACGUCAUCCGUAACUAUGCAGAAGGCAAUGCGGAGCUCACCCAGGAGCGCUACCUCCGCAACUCCGAGGUACCGCGUUCCAAAUAUAAAUCCUGCUGGUGGGUGCCCCUGAGCUACACCACACAGUCUGAGCUGGACUUCAACAACAUGUCGCCCAGGGACUGGUUAGAGUGCAGCAAGGAAGGCCUGAGCCAGCCCAAGAAGAUCGAGAACCUGCCGAGAGCCGACCAGUGGGUGAUCUUGAACACCCAGGUGGCGACGCCCUGCAAGAUCAACUACGAUGCCCAGAACUGGAAGCUGCUCAUCAACACUUUGACCACCGGUCGUUACGAGAGCAUCCACUUAAUCAAUCGGGCCCAGCUAAUCAACGAUGUCCUGAGCUUCGCCUGGACAGGAGAUCAGGACUACGAGACCGCACUGAAAGUGGUGGCGUACCUUCCCCGGGAGCGGGAGUUGCUACCUUGGAAAGCGGCUUUCAGCAACAUAAGGCUUAUAAAUCGCAUAGUUCGGAGGACAGCACAAGGGGGCUUACUCAAGCGCUACAUAAAGAAGCUGCUCCCACCGAUCUACCAUUAUGUGAACGGCAUCAACGACACAUUCGCCUACAUACAGCACCAGGAUGGAAUCGCGCUGAAGAUCAGCAUUGUGAGCAUGGCGUGUCAGUACCAGGUGGAGGAUUGUAUCCCUCGUGCACUGAACUAUUUCCGUGAGUGGAGGACGGAGCCAAACCCCGACAAGAAUAACCCAGUGCCCGUCAAUCUGCGCAGCAUUGUGUAUUGCACGGCUAUCAGGCACGGAUUGGACGAGGAUUGGGAGUUCCUGUGGACGCGAUACAAGAGAUCCAAUGAGGCGGACGAAAAGGUGGACAUGCUGAACUCGCUGGGCUGCACGCGGGCAGUGUGGCUUUUGCGCCGGAUGCUGGAUCUGAGCUUCGAUCCCAAGAGCGCGAUUCGCAGGCAGGACUCGAUGACCAGCUUUAAUGCGGUGGCCGACAACGAAAUAGGAUUCCAGCUGGCCAAGCAGUACUUCAUGCACAACGUGGAGCUCAUCUACAAGUUCUAUCAACCUACUGUCAGGAGCAUGUUAAGGCUGCUGACACCGCUGUCAACGCAAAUUAUUGACCCCAAGGAGUUCCGUGAGUUCGAGGACUUUGUCAGCAGAGCGCGGCCUUGGCUGAAGGGCAUUGAGGAGACAGUCCAGCAGACCCUGGAGAAAAUGCGCAUCACAGUGCAGUGGAAGGAGCGAAACUAUGCCAAGUUCAACAGCGCCAUCAGGAAGUUCCUGUAGGAACCAGACAUUGCCGUCUGCUGUGGAAAAUAAAACAUAUUUGUUACUUGAAGUUCCUUAAAUAAAUUAAAAAUAUUUAUGCUUA